AUGGAUAUCUUGGUGUCAUGGCGCAAAAAAGGUGACAUCCAUCCACUCACGAUUGGCACUUUUACGUUCGUAGACACUGAGAACAAAUACAAAGCCACCAAAAUCAUUGUGGCCAACGUAGCUACCACAACUACCACUGCUGCAUCUACUACUACGACUGCUACUGCUAUUGAUACUAUUACUAAUAUUUAUGAUGAAGAAAUUGAUGACGAUGGUGAUAGUGUUGAUGUGUCGUCUGCAGUGAGCAACUGCAGGAGCGAGAAAGACAACAACUGCACCAACAACAACAACUACAGCAACAACAACAGCAACAGCAACAACUACAGCAACAUCAACAACAACAACUACAACAACAGCAACAACUACAACAACAACAUUAUCAACAAUGGCUUCUAUCUCAGCAACAUCAUCAACAACAACAACAUCAUCAACAACAACAUCAUCAGCAACAACAUCAAUAUGGCCUACAUCAACAACAACAACAACAACAGCAACAUCAGCUCACAACAACAUCAACAAUACUCCAAUCAACUUGUGCAACAAAAUCCGACACAGCUAUCCCAGCCUAUAAAUAACGUUAAUAUAAACGACAAAAAUUUCAAUAAAUACAACACCAACAACAACAACAACAACAACAACAACAACAACAACAACAACGUCUACAACAACAACAACCAUGAAGUCUACAUCAACAGAACAUCUAGCGAAAAUGACAAAAAAUUCGACAAUGAUGAGGAUGAUGGUGAUGUCGAAGAUGAUGUUAAUGCUAAUAGUAUGGCAACAUGGCGAGAUAGCGGGGCCGUGAGAGACUCAGAAAGAUUGAGAGAUAGUGAGAAAGUGAGCGGAAUGCAUAAAGCUCAAUUAAAAGAUGACAGGCAUCUACGCGAGCAACAACAUCAUCAACAGUUUCUGCAAACGAAACAACAUCAACAACAACAUCAACAACAACCCCAACAACAACACCAACAUGUACACCACCACCAACAACAACAACAACAUCAACAACAACGACAACAACAUCGACAACAUUUUUUUGACAGCACACUCAAUGAAAACGCACGCGCCACUAGCGACGACAACAGCCACAUCGUAAACACCGCCAACAACAUGAACGACAACAGCAUAAACAACGGCAGCGGACAUUUGAAAGCCCAAGCCGGAAACGGAAAUGGUUCUGGUCACGUGACCGGAAGCGCCGGAGUAGCGAAGCGUCGACCUUAUCAAGUUUUGUCGUCGCCGGCAAAAAACAAAAAUCUGAACAAACAAAACGACGGCGGCAAUGAUGACGAUGACAAUAAUAAUAAUAAUAAUAAUAAUAAUAAUAAUAAUAAUAACAAUAAUAAUAAUAAUAAUAAUAAUAAUAAUAAUAAUAAUAAUCACGAUGAUGAUGUUGAUAUCAGCGAUAGUAAUGAUGAUGGAAUCUAUCAGUGUCAGAUAAACACAAAAGAUAACCAGAAAAAGUUCUACGACAUCUAUUUGAAAAUAAAAAGCUUAUCCAUUGAAGGCACGCAGACCGCAGAACUUGGGGGUGUAAUAAGAAUCAUCUGUAACAAUUACAAUGAUAAGUAUUCGGUCGACAAUUACUACAAUUACACCUGGAUAGCCAGCGUCCUCACGAUAAGAAACGCCACUUGGAGUGACGGUGGCAAGUAUGAAUGUGUCGAAAGCACCAGGGAAAGCAGUAGUAGCAUCGCCAGCAGCAGCAGCAAUAGCAACAGCAGUAGUAGUAGUAGUAACAACGGUGAUGCUAUUUAUAGUAACGGUAAUAAUAAUAAUAAUAAUAAUAGCAAGAGAAGGAGUAAUAAUAAUAAUAAUAAUAAUAAUAAUUAUAAUAAAAGUAGUAGUGUUGAUGGUGAUGAUGAUGAUGGUGGUGGUGUUGAUGGUAACAAUGAUGAUGGUGAGGGCGAUGGUGGUGGUGGAGAUAAUGAUGGUGAUGGUGGACAAAAUGGUGAUCUGAAAAAUGUAGGCUUCGAUGUAGAUGACGAUAUCCCUGAUUAUGAUCAGCAGUACAACUUUUACAAUCACGAUGAUGAUGAUAACAACAACAACAGCAACUACAACAGCAACAGCAACAACAACAACAACAACAGCAACAACAACAACAACAACAAUAAUAACGAACACUUGAACAUCGAAGGCAAAUCAAACGAAGGUCGGGUACCUAUGGCGACGACAAAGGUGCUACCUUCAAUUGAGACUCUAAUUGGGAUUUAA